AUGCCUGUAUCAAAGCAACUGCUCGAGUCGCUGCUGACUGAAAAGCUCUCUCCUUCUCAUCUGGAAGUUAUCGACACAUCCAAUGGUUGUGGUCAAUCUUUUGAUGUUUUGGUAGUCUCUAGUCUGUUCGAAGGAAAGUCUGUCCUGCAACGUCACAGACUUGUUAAUGAAGCCGCAAAAGCUGAGAUUGCCGAGAUUCAUGCAUUCUCCCAGAAAACGUAUACGCCUGAACAGUGGCGAGUCAUGGUGGAAAAGCAAGCAGCGCAAGAGAGCGAUCAGCCAUAG